AUGUGUAGCGCCGCUCCUCGUGGCCUUGCCCUGCAGCUGGCGCCUAAGAAGGCGUUGCGGUGGUCAUCCUCCUCUGGGGGGCGAACCGCGGUCCCGCCCGCGGCGAGCGGCGGGGUCCCUGGUGAGGCCGCGGAUCCCUCCGCGGGGGCAGCCCCUAUGAUGGCGGCUGGCGGGGUGACGGCGGCGUCGGUCGCGGGAGUGGGAGCGGACCCCACUCAGCCUUCGAUUCCCCCGGUCGCCCCCACAGCGCAGGGCGCGAUCCCCCCGGGUUCUUGGGGCGAGGAGGUGAUCGACCUUGACGCCGACGAGGCGGAGGAGACGGCAGCGACGGGAGGUAGGGCGGAUGCUCCCGCGGCCGUGGCGGGAUUGGCGGCGGAGGGAACGCCUGCCCCCGAAAGUGCGGCGGCGGAGGCAAUGGUGACGGAGGCGGGGACCUCCGCCCCGAUUACCCCCGCGGAAGUGGCUCCGGCGGCGGAGGCGGAGGGGCCCGCCGGGGGGACUCCGGCAAGGACGGAGGAGCCUCCCCAGGUGGCUGCGGCGGCGGAGGCGGAGGGGCCCGCUGGGAUACCGCCGGCAGCCUUCGCGGCGACGAGAGUGCAGGCCCUCCAAGAGUGCAGUUGGGGGAAAUCUGAUUUCCUCCGACUGGAGCGAGGUCUCUGGGAGAGCUUCAACAUGGAGAGGGAGCGCACCAGGGACCUGUCCCUGCAAGUCACUACCGCCCAGGGGGUCAUUCGUGACCUGCAAAGGCGUGAGGGAGCGGCGUUGGAGGAGGCGCGGCGAUCGGAGGCCAAGCUCCAGGCCGUCGUCGAGAAAGCCCGCCUCGACUACGAGGAGUUCCAGGCUAUUGCUGAGAGGGCCCGCCGCGACACCGAGGAACUUCAAGCUGCCGCUGAGAGGAAGACCGUCGAGCGCAUCCGGCGCGAGCGGCACAAGGCCUUCCAGGACCGGGACGCCGAGAAGGCCAAGAAAGAGGAGGCCGAGAAGGUGGCGGCUGACCUUAGCGCGGAGACCGGUCACCUUCGCUCGCAAGUGCAGGGACUCCAGUCCGCCGUGUCUCAAGGAGCCGACCGGGAGCGCGAUUUGAAGGCCUGGGCCGAUGGGUACGUCGCCGAUUACACCGAAGCUGAGCUGGACGAGAUUGAUGUAGCGGUGUCUGCGCCGGCGGAGGCUCUCGCGAAGCUCCUGGAGGAUGAAGUCCUCCCUCCUGCUGACCCCUCGUCAAGUUAG